GCAUUCAAAAACUGUUACCAAAUUUGACUUACCAGAUUUGCUUUAUGAGACCAUUGAAACCAAAUUGUCUACUGUACUUAUUGAAGAGCUUUCUUAUAACUUUACUAUAGCUGACUUUAAUAAAACAAAUACAUUAAAUGAGGCACAACGUGCUAUAUUCAAUGAAACACUUAGUCUUAUAGAGCACCGCAAAAGUGGUGUGCUAUUUGUUGAUGAACCAGCCAGAAGUAGUAAAACCUACCUUUACAAUU